GAUAGUCACGUUCUGUUGAAUACCGUGUGCUGGUGCUGUCAUAGAAAAAUCUGGUUACACUCUGGGGAGGUCGGCUGCGGCUGCAGGACUGACCCGCCUCGGCCCUGAGAUGAGUGUCCGGCCUCAGCGGGCACACCAUGAAUAGAUACACAACCAUCAAGCAACUCGGGGAUGGAACCUAUGGUUCCGUCCUGCUGGGAAGAAGCAUCGAGUCUGGGGAACUGAUUGCUAUUAAAAAAAUGAAAAGAAAGUUUUAUUCCUGGGAAGAAUGCAUGAACCUUCGGGAGGUCAAGUCUUUAAAGAAGCUCAACCAUGCCAACGUAGUAAAAUUAAAAGAAGUUAUCAGGGAAAAUGAUCAUCUUUAUUUUAUCUUUGAGUACAUGAAGGAGAAUCUUUACCAGCUCAUUAAAGAAAGAAAUAAGUUGUUUCCCGAGUCUGCUAUAAGAAAUAUCAUGUAUCAGAUAUUGCAAGGACUUGCAUUUAUUCACAAACACGGCUUUUUCCAUCGGGACUUAAAGCCAGAGAACCUCCUCUGUAUGGGACCCGAACUUGUGAAAAUUGCAGACUUUGGAUUGGCCCGAGAAAUCCGAUCAAGACCUCCAUACACAGACUAUGUAUCUACCAGGUGGUACCGGGCUCCGGAGGUGCUCCUGCGGUCCACCAGCUACAGCUCGCCCAUCGACAUCUGGGCCGUGGGCUGCAUCAUGGCAGAGGUGUACACCCUCCGGCCGCUCUUCCCCGGGGCCAGUGAGAUUGACACCAUCUUCAAAAUCUGCCAAGUACUGGGGACACCCAAAAAGACUGACUGGCCUGAAGGCUACCAGCUGUCCAGUGCGAUGAACUUCCGCUGGCCCCAGUGCGUGCCCAAUAACUUGAAGACCCUCAUUCCAAAUGCCAGCAGCGAAGCAGUUCAGCUCCUGAGAGACAUGCUGCAAUGGGAUCCCAAGAAACGGCCGACAGCUAGUCAGGCUCUUCGAUAUCCUUACUUCCAGGUGGGGCACCCCCUGGGCAGCACCGCACACAGCCUUCAGGAGUCAGGAAAAUCUCAGAAGGACGUUCUGGAGAAGGCAGCCGCACCACCUCACAUAAAGCCGGUCCCUCCUGCCCAGCCCCCAGCCAAGCCACACACACGCAUUUCUUCCAGACAGCAUCAAGCCAGCCAGCCCCCUCAGCAUCUCAUGUACCCCUACAAAGCCGAGGCUCCCAGGACGGACCACCUUCCGGAGGACAAGCCCAGCCCUCUGCUCUUGCCAUCCCUCCACCCCAAGCAUCCUCAGGCAAAAAUUCUCCCUGGCCUGGAGCACAAAAAUGGUGAGAUCAAGCCAAAGAGUAGGAGAAGGUGGGGUCUCGUUUCCAGGUCAACGAAGGAUUCCGAUGACUGGGCUGACUUGGAUGACUCGGACUUCAGUCCAUCCUUCACCAGGAUUGACCUGAAAAACAAGAAAAGGCAGAGCGAUGAGACGCUGUGCAGAUUUGAGAGCAUCCUGGACCUGAAGCCCGCGGAGCCCGUGGGCACUGGAAACAGCGCCCCCACGCGGACGUCCUGUCCCCGGCGCGACACGCCCACCCUGAGGUCGGCGGCCAAGCAGCACUACCUGAAGCACUCUCGGUACCUCCCUGGAAUAAAUAUAAGAAACGGUGUACUCCCGAACCCAGGCAAGGAUUUUAUUCCACCUAAUCCGUGGUCCAGUUCUGGUUUGUCUGGCAAAUCUUCAGGGACCGUAUCAGUGAUCAGCAAAAUAACUUCAGUUGGUUCUGGCUCUACAAGUUCUAGUGGACUGGCUGGAAACUAUAUCCCUUCCUUUCUGAAAAAAGAAAUCAGUUCUGCUCUGCAGAGGGUCCACUUGGCACCUAUUCCCGACCCUUCCCCGGGCUAUUCUUCCCUGAAGGCUGUGAGACCUCACCCUGGGCGACCAUUUUUCCACACCCAGCCUAGAAGCACUCCUGGGUUGCUGCCCCGGCCUCCAGCCGCCCAGCCGGUACACGGCAGGACGGACUGGAUCGCUAAGUACGCGUCUCGGCGAUAACUGUCACAAAGCCUUUUGUAGGGGACAGUAGGACCCUGCCCUCGGCCAGCUGAUAUUCUACCCGCAAGAGACUUCGGUUGGUGGAAAAGCAAACACUUUAUAGUUAUUCUUCUGAACUGAGACAUUUCAAUAUUCUUUUUUAAAGUUUUUUUUUUUUAAUAUUGAUUUGAAUGCAGUACUUUUUUUUUUGUACAAAGUUAUUUUAUUCUAAAACUGGGUCCCAUUAUUUUCUUAAACAGCAGCAUUUUGUAUAUAUGGAUUAUGUUUUAGCAUUUUAUACAGUCAACUUUGUAAGGAACUUUUUAAAGAUUAAUUGAUUUUCCUUUGGGGUUCCAGAUAAUAUUUUAUACAGAUUUUUUAAAAUAUAAUAAUAUUGAUGCAGUAUUGCAAAGGGGUGCAAUUUACAGCUACGCGAUAAAGGGUUAUUUCCUCAAUAUGUGUGGAUAUUUGUGAAGUGGUUAAAUUUUAAAUGUGGCAUAUUCGGUACUUUAAGCUUUUCUGGACUGACGUCAGUGCUAGAAAACUGACCAUCUGCCAUUUCUCAAUACCGUGUUAUUGGUUUGACUUUUUAAUACCGCUGUGCUGUUCUGAAAGUACUAUUACAUAAUUCGCUUUGUUUUCUUUUUACUCCCCAGAUGAAAGAACUCUAAGUAAAUAUUUUUAGAAAUGUUUACAACAUGUUUUUUGGUGACUGGUGAUAUCCAGCUGAAAUCAAGCUAUGCCAUCACAUUCAAUUUUCUUCCGUUUUUGAAGUCACUCUCUAUAAGUACCCAUAAAAGGGAAGCUUUUGAAGCCAAAAGGUUCUCCACAUAAAGGUUAACACAGUGACUUAAACUUAAAUCCCUGCCAAGAUGCAUGACCCAAAAGCAAAGUUUCAAAGUAGCAGAAGAUUUUAUAUUAUCACAACCCUUAGAAUGUUGCAUUUAGCUCAGUUCUCCAAGCCUGGCCAGAGAGAAACGAUGAAUAAUCAUUGUCUGCCCUCUGGUCCGAUUAUCAGGGCAAUUUGGGGAGCAAGAAAAAGUAGAUGGCAGAGGUCCCACUUGUCUGUGAAGUCACCGUGAUGUCAAAUGUCUGUCACAUGCCACAUGUGAAGAACUCUAAACCCUUGUGUAGUUUCUUUCAACAGUGAGAACUCCAUUGGGCAGAGGCUGUUCCAUUGAGAGGAAUGUUUACAGCAAUUUUGAAAAUGACAAAGCUAGUUUGGAAACAGAAAAAGGAAGUCCACUCUGAUCCACCUCUGUCAGGCACACUCACCUCCACUCGUGAUUACCUGAAAGACAAGAAAGAAGGUCACUGCCAGUGAACGCAACAUCAUCUCUAGAGUGUACAGACUCACUUUCUCCCAGGGCUCAAAUCGCUUUUGUUUGGUUCUAGGAUAUAGCAAGUGGAGUCAAUGAAAUUGUCAUUUUUGUAAGUUAAAAUGAUAGGUGAAAAUGAAUAUUGGUACUUUGAUAUGGUUCAGCCUAAUAAGUAGGUAAAUUUUUGUGUUGAUGUAUUAAUAAUAUGUUGCAGCCCAUGGUUCCCAAAGGGCCCUCACCUAAAAUCAGGGAGCAGUUUGUGUUUUCGAGAAUCUGACUCAAAAAGGUACUUGACCAAGCACCAUGAUUGCUGGGGGCAGGAGAAAAGCAAAUGAUGGAUGCGGAUUUGAGAGGUCUUAUUUUCCUGUUAACAAACUGGCAGCAAAGCGUCAGGAAAUAAAUAUGUAUAUGUAAGCACAACUUGAAGCUGAAUUCAUUUCUGUAUUAUAUUCUCAUUCUCUCAAUCAACAGAGAAUGUGUUUUCAGAGAUAAGUCCUUUACUAUGUGGUUAAUAUUUAUUCCCCCUUUCUGUAUUAGGAAGAAAAAGUAAGUUAAUCUGAAAGCUUACCCACCUUGCUAAAAAGCUGGUUUAAAAUCGUAAAUACCCUCUAGUGAACCAGAUGGUUUAUGAAUGCCAUAUUCUUGGUCCUCUAGCUUAUGUUAAGAUUAUUACAUUUAAUUGAAAAACCUACUUACCUGGCUACUAUACAUUAUAAAAUUGUUUUUCUAUUACUUUUGUAGGGCCUCAAUGCAGAAAAUAUUUCGCUUUUCUUCCUCUUCCUCUUGCCUUCGUUUAUCAGCAGACAUUUUCCCUUAUUCAUUUGAAAGUCAAGAAGCUGACACUGCAUUGAGUAAACUGGAAGGCUGAAAAAAAACAAUGUCAAUUCUAAAGAACUAGCAAAAUCCUCUAAAGUUCUCUUUUAUUCUCACCCUGAAAUGGGUAAAGGAUGCAUUGAGCAUACAAGUACUGUAGAAAGGGAAAAUCACCAAUACCUUGUUACGUAAAAAAGAAAAUACUGCCUGUUGCCUGUAUUUUUAGUUACAAUAAGAUUAUAAAAUCUACUACAAGACACCAAAAGGAAUGAUGAGUUUAACUAUACCUAUCCACGACUGACAUGAGUGUCAGGCAUAAAGUUUUAUGGGACGUCAGGAGAUGGUAUAGUCCCCAAGGUUCGGUGACAGUGGUUACGCCAAAGGGUACGUGUGUGAACUGCAGGGAAAGUUGCAUGAGCCUAAAAGCUAUUCUUUGUGUGAUUGUUCAUUUCACAGUAAGCUGCCAUUAAUUGCUAAGCCCUCACUCAGCUCAUAUAUGAUUUAAAUAGGAAGAAAACCGAUUUUCUCAAGCAAUUUCUUACAGAGCUCUUGCUUCAAGGACCAUAAACGUCUAGUAAACGGAUGCUGUGUCAUAUUAUGGAGUGAUAAAAAAUUGAACACUUGACUCAAGACAACCCAUGUAAAACAGAAUUGUUUUUAAGUUCAAAUUACCAGUACUGUUGGAGUUCACAGGCACCAUGUUUUCUUAUGAAGUGGCAUCAAGCCAUUGUUUUGUGCCAUUUAGGAGAGAAAAAAAGACUACAGGCUGUAUGUUUUAACUCAGUGUGUGAUCCAAAGCAAUAUGUUUAUAAGAAAAUGUUUGACGUACUAAUUAUUUUCUAUCAUUUAAAGCAUACUGUAGCAACUUGUUUAAUAUAUGUGGUUAAUUUUUAGAAUUAUUUUUACAAUUUCCAACCAAAGUACUGUAUUUUAUAUAAUUUAUUGUGAGGACCUUCUCGUGGAAACCAAUAGAAGACAAACUGGGGGGCAAAUAUCACAUUAAUCUGUAUUAUCAGUUUCUUACAGACACUGCUAAUGUGAAUUUUAAAUGGCCUGAAUAGUCUUCUGAUCUCGGAUAUGUCAGUACUGACAGCAGUUUCGUCCCUUGAUUUGAUUACAAGGGAGCAACUAAGAAUAUAUUUAAUUAUAAAGCAAAUAUUCAUAAUGAUGAGAAGAUGGGAGGACUGAAAACUAUUUACUCAAGCCCCUUCUGAAAUAAAAUGUUCCUUUUUGAGUAGUUUGUCCUAAGGUGUUUAAAAACGUUAACUUUACUUAAGGAAAAUUCUGCUCCAAAUAAAGUUACAGUUUAAGAAAAAUUGA